CAUGAGCAGCUCUCAGGGAUUAUUCUAUCCUGAUCAGUCAAUCCAAAUUUAGAAUAAUCCUUUUCCUCACUAUGUUUUAAAAAUCUGACUAUUCUGCUGCCUAAUAUCAACAAAACUGGCAAAUAUAACAAGCUGAUGAUACAUUCCUCCCAAAGUCACUUGUCUGUUGUAAAAGUCUACAUAGCUUUAAAGACCACGUAGCCCAUUGGUAAGGGCUCCUCUGCAGAUCGAUCGAUUAGCGUCGCCUACUGACCAAUCACCUCUCACGGAAGAUGGCGUCGGCACGUGUGGAGCAUCCUGCGGACUUAGUUGCGUGGGCGGGAGAAGAUGAGAUCCACUUGGGACCUGUGUCUUUUGCCUCAGAAGAUGCAGAUAAUGACAUCAGGGAAAUACCCCAUCCUUGCCCACUUAGAAAAUACCGACGGAGCAUGCAGACCCUUAUACCCUUCCGCUGUUCCUCACCAGAGUCCCACGCUGUAGAUAAUGCAGGUUUAAUAUCAUUUUCAGUCUUUUUGUGGAUGAUCCCCAAAAUGUGGGCCAUGUUCAAGAACGGGCUGGAUACAUCCGACCUACACCUGUCUCCUUUUGAUGUAGCAGACAUUAGCGCAAAAAGGCUCCAGAGGCUAUGGAAUGAAGAAGUGGCAAGGAGAGGUUUGGAGAAUGCCUCACUGAUUUGGGUGACUCUUCGUUUUCAAAGAACUAGACUGAUUCUGUCCGCCCUUGUCUCUAUUCUUGCCAUGUUGGCGGCCUUUUUGGGGCCGGCGGUCGUCGUUUAUAAGAUCUUAGACUACGUUAGUGACCCAGGAGAAACCAGUGGUGUUGGUUUGGCUUUUGCAUUGUUCACCACAGAGUUGCUCAAAACUUCCAUGAUAUCUUUGCAGUGGGCAUUAACACUGCGUACGGCCAUCAGAUUGAAAGGUGCCUUAUGCUCUUUGGGCUUCCAGAAAGUCACAUCUCUGCGAGUACCUGGCGACGUCUCAAACGGAGAGAUUCUUAAUAUUUUGACCAAUGUUGGACACACGGUUUUUGAGGCAGUUGUGAAUGGGAGCUUUGUGAUGUCCACCCCUGUACUCUUUGUUGCGGGCAUUUGUUAUGCCUGGAACAUUCUGGGCUACACCGCACUUAUUGGAGUCUUCAUCUACCUCAUCUUUAUUCCCAUUGAAUAUCUCUUGGCACAUCUCACAAAUGUAUUCAAAACAGAAGCCAUGGUAAUAAAAGACAGACGUGUUCAUACAAUGACUGAGAUUCUCAACAGCAUUAAGCUAAUCAAGAUGUACGCCUGGGAAGAUUCUUUUGAGAUGAAGAUAGCAGAGUUGAGGAAACUUGAAAAGAAACUAGUACAGAAGAUCGUUGAAAUCCAGAGUAUUAAUAGCAGCUUGACCAUGGGCAUCAGCACCAUUGCCACUGUUUUCACCUUUCUCAUCCACACUUUGUUGGGGUUACCACUGAAAGCAUCUGACUCAUCCAGUAACACAACUGCAGUCCAGGGAGAAAUCUCUCAAAAUCCACACCUUCACUUCUACCAGGUUAUUUAUGCUGCAACAGUGGUUGUCAUUGUUGUACUUUCCAUUGUGAAAUCCAUAAUCUACACUUAUUUCACCUUGAAGGCCUCCUGCAAAUUCCAUGACAUGCUGUUCAAAAAGAUUAUUGAUAGUCCAAUGAGUUUCUUUGACACAACUCCAACGGGCCGACUUCUAAAUCGUUUCUCUAAAGAUCAAGACGAAGUGGAAACUGUCCUUCCUCUUGUCAUGGAUUCUUUCUUCCAGUGUUCUCUACUCGUCGCAUUCACAAUUGCUGUCAUCUCAGUUAUUUUCCCCGCCAUGCUUGUAGUUGGAGUUAUUAUGGCAGCUUUUGUUGCCUUUACUGUCUUUAUAUUCCAGAAGAGUAUACGUCAUAUGAAGAAUCUAGAAAACAUCAGUCGCUCUCCAUGGUUCUCUCUAACCACCUCAACUUUGCAUGGCCUCAGCACCAUCCAUGCCUAUAAUAGAAGAGACAGCCUUAUAGAACAGUUCAAUAUCUUGAGUGAUAUCAACUCCAAAUACCUUUUCAUGUUUAGUGCUGGCACACGUGCAUUCGCCUUCUGCCUGGAAUUGAUGGCUGCUACUACAACACUGUUUGUGGCUCUCUUUGUAGUGCUCAGCAGUAACGACUUAAUCAGUCCAUCCUUGAAAGGCCUCGCAAUAUCCUAUUCCUUGCAGUUGACAGGCAUGCUUCAAUAUGUAGCCAGACUCUCGAUAGAAGUGGAAGCAAGAUUCAACUCAGCAGAACGGCUCCAGGAAUAUGUCACGAAUUGUAAGUCUGAGGCUCCCAGGCAUGUUAAGGAGACUCAGAUCCCACAGGACUGGCCUAGCAGUGGGGGCGUCUCCUUCGUAGACUAUAAGAUGAGGUACAGAGAGAAUACACCAAUUGUCCUGAACGGCAUUGAUUUCCACAUUCAACCUGGAGAGAAGCUGGGCAUCGUGGGAAGGACUGGUUCUGGGAAAUCCUCUUUAGGAGUAGCUCUAUUUAGACUUGUGGAGCCUGCAGCAGGAACCAUGCUGAUAGAUGGGGUGGACAUCAUGUCCAUUGGCCUGCAAGACCUGCGUAGCAAAUUGUCUGUGAUUCCUCAGGACCCUGUGCUAUUUGUUGGUACAGUCAGGUACAACUUGGACCCCUUUAAUAAAUACACUGACGAGGAGAUCUGGGCAGCGCUCGAGAAGAGCUACAUGAAGGACUCGAUCUCAAAGCUGGAGGGGAAGCUUGAAGCACAUGAUGGAGAAAACUUCUCCGUAGGCCAGAGACAGCUGAUCUGUAUGGCUAGAGCCUUACUCCGUAACUCCAAGAUCAUUCUUUUGGAUGAAGCCACUGCCUCCAUAGAUGCAGAGACAGAUGCUCUGAUCCAAAACACCAUCCAAGAAGCCUUCCGUAAUAGCACUAUGCUCACGAUAGCUCAUCGGAUCAGCACUGUGAUGCAAGCAGAUCGUAUUCUGGUCAUGGACAAUGGACAGGUAACAACCCCAAAUAUGCACAGAUUAAGUAAAUAUGAGGAUUCAUGAAUGACAAUCAUUGUAUUGGGGGGGAGGGAUCAACCUAAGAAGAGCAGCAUACACAAAAGCACCCAACAUUCUUAAAACCAAUUUCAAAGUCAGCUUAAAUACGCCCUGGAGUGCAUCCAUUGGCUACAGGACUCAGAACUCAGCCAAUAGGAUCAGCAGGUGGGAAUGGUGGAACUAAGAGGUCAGAACCUGUCACUCAGCCAAUAACUGAGUUUUAUUUACGCUAGCAGAUUUUUUUUGUUUAUUUGUUGUGACAUCUUUGAGUUUUUCAUUUGUUUUGUUUUGUAAACUAAUAAUAAUAAUGAUGAUAAUGAUGAUGAUGAUAAUAAUAAUAAAUUGCUUGCUUUUCUUUUACGUCAUCUGCCCUGUAUAUGUGUGUUGUCUCCUCCACCACCUCACCUUUUGAUCCCGAGCCUUAAAGUUAAAAAAGAACAGUAUCUCUAACAUUACAUUUACUGGUUAGAGUAAAACAUCUGAAAUUGUUUUUUGAAAUAGAAAUAAAUCUAGCAUAGAUUUACAUUGAAAGGUUAAGCGUGCUAGCUCUCCUCACAGCACCUACAGGUGGUGUUAAUGCUGUAAAAUCUCCAGUGAAAGCCAUAAUUUGAUAAUGUGCCAUUUCUCAGCUUUCUUCCUAGAAUAUAUUCUUUCCAGCUGCUUUGGAUUACACUGCUGAUAAGAGAUUUGUUGGCUUUAUUAUUCAACUGUCCUACGUCACCAACUGUCACUCAUAAAACGAAACUACAAUUUAUUUGGUUACAUUUGCUGAGUGUUGGGCAGCAGCUUUGGUGACAUGCAGCAGGAUGCAGCCAGCAGGUGGCAGCAUAUAGAUACACUUGUAAGCCCUAUUCAUCCAUACGUUUGUUGACUGCAUAUCCAUUAUAGGGUUGCUGGUGCCCUCGUAGCCCCACAACCUGUAAAAAUAAAGGUAAUCUUGCUAUAUAUAGUAUAUAUAAUUUAUCUUUUUUAAAAAUACCAAUUAAUACUGAAACAUACAAAUUUAAGUAAUUUACUAGCACAGAUCUUAUCAGGGUCAUUUUUAUAUACCUACACUUUGAAAUUUACAAUGCAUUUUUUAAUGUCUCACAAAAAACAAAAUAAAAAACAGGAGACUUUCUUUGCUGCCAUUGAAUGUAAUUUAAGACUUGGCAAAUUCAUAACUUAACUAAAAUAUAACGUGCAUAAGAAGUCAUCUCAUACGAAAUAUGAAGGGAAACCCAGUAAAGUACAGUGCUCAUUCUUUUAUAUCAGCAGACAGGAGAGAUAAAUACAUAACUAUUUACAAAGUUCAAAAACUAUGUUGUCUUUCCUGCACUGCUAUCAGUUUCCAUCUCUGCUGCUCAGUUACAUCUCAUACAAGCACACCAGAAAAGAUUGUAGCA